ACCUCUAUAUGCUAGACUCACCCAAACAAACUUAGACUUAAACCAAACAAACUUAGACUUAGAACUAAGAUUAAUAGAAUUCAAAGACCAUGUUCAUUUUACAUCCAUAGUUCCACUCUCCCUUUCAACACCAUCUUAUAUACUUUUUGAGAUUCUCAUGUGUGCACAAUUUCCUCAUCACACAAGAUUUUGAGAAGCUUGAUUCAAUUCAAACAUGAACAAGGAUAAUGAAACAUAUCUCAAACUUUUCGGCGGCGGCGGCGGUUCUAAUCAUCAAAAGAGGUGUAUGUUCUCCAAGAAGGCUAAGGUUACAGCAAUUACCACCACCACUGUGGUUGCCUUGUUUUGCUUUGUAGCCACUUUUUGUGAUUUUGCAGCCUGGAAUACUUACAUAAUUGCAGGGAGUUAUCAAAACAAAUACAAAGAACAAGAAUUUCCACUUAGAUGCAUCAAAGGAGAAAACAAUGAGACACAAACAUGUCCAAGAGACUACCCUACAAAACAUAACCCAACAAAUCAAAAUAGCAAUAUUUGUCCUUCAUACUUUAGAUGGAUCCAUGAAGAUCUAAAACCAUGGAAAGAAAAAGGGGUUACAAGAGAAAUGUUAGAAGGAGCAAAAAGAACAGCAAAUUUUAAGGUUGUGAUUGUUGAUGGAAAAUUGUAUGUGGAAAAGUAUAGAAAGUCAAUUCAAACAAGAGAUGUUUUUACAUUGUGGGGUAUAUUGCAAUUAUUGAGGUUGUAUCCUGGAAAAUUGCCUGAUUUGGAACUUAUGUUUGAUUGUGAAGAUAGGCCUGUUAUUCAUUUGGAUAAUUUUCAAGGCCCAAAUGCUUCUCCACCUCCUUUGUUUAGAUAUUGUUCUGAUCAAUGGAGCUUAGAUAUUGUGUUUCCUGAUUGGUCCUUUUGGGGAUGGGCAGAGACAAAUAUAAAACCAUGGAAAGAGACCCUUAAAGAUAUAAAAGAAGGGAACAAAAAGAGCAAUUGGAAGGAUAGAGUACCUUAUGCUUAUUGGAAGGGUAACCCUCAUGUUGCUUCAACUAGGCAAAAUCUUCUACAAUGCAAUGUUACAUCAAAAAAUGAAUGGAACACUCGCCUAUAUAUACAAGAUUGGGUGAAAGAAUCUACUCAAGGUUACAAGAAAUCCAGUUUAGGGGACCAAUGCACCCAUAGGUAUAAGAUAUACAUUGAAGGGUGGGCUUGGUCUGUUAGUGAAAAAUACAUAUUGGCUUGUGAUUCCAUGACAUUAUAUGUUAGGCCAAAUUUCUAUGAUUUUUUCAUCAGAGGCAUGGAUCCAUUACAACACUAUUGGCCUAUUAGAGACAAUAGUAAAUGCACCUCUCUUAAGUUUGCUGUUGAAUGGGGCAACAAACAUGCUGAUAAGGCACAAGCAAUGGGAGAAGCAGCUAGCAAAUUCAUACAAGAGGAUUUAGACAUGAACAAUGUAUACAAUUACAUGUUUCAUCUACUAAAUGAAUAUGCAAAACUCUUGAGAUUCAAACCAACAAUACCUGAAGGAGCUGUGGAAUUUUGUUCUGAAACAAUGGCAUGUGAUGUAAAUGGUACACAAAGGAAGUUCAUGGAAGAGUCAAUGGUGAAGUUUCCUAGUGAUUCAAAUCCAUGCACUAUUCCUCCUCCAUAUGAUCCUUUCACUUUACAAGAACUUUUAGAGAGAAAAGCUAAUUCAACAAGACAAGUAGAAAUUUGGGAAGAUGAAUAUUAUAAAAACAAUGAACAAAAAAAUUGGGAAGAUGAACUUUUAGCUUAAUUGUAAGUUGUAACUUUUUUUUUAGCUGCUUUUGUUGUAUUAAUUAAUAUUCCUCAAUUUUUUCAGAACCACUCUCUCCCUUAAAAAUUGAGGGGAAAAUCAUGGUUGCUAUUUUCUUUUAUACUCAUAUAUUCAUAUUUAACAGAAAUUAAUUCA